AUGGGAAAUGGAAUCAACAAUGUAAAUCAAAAUCAUACGAUGUCGACUGAAAGUGGUACAACUCAAAAUAAUGUGAAAGCACAGGAUUUGGGUGAACCAGUAGCACUUGAACAAGACAAGAGAAUAGUGAUUUGUAUGCUUGACCACAUUGAAGAGUGGUGCUGUUAA